AAAUAUCUGACGUGCAUGCGCGUAACCGUAUGGUUGCGCGGACCGCGGCUUCAUUCGGCUUUCAGCGUUCAGUGAUAGUGUGUCAGCGUGGCCCGUUUCGUAGGCUCUCUAGCACACGGGAAAGCAAGCGUAUUUAAUUGAGUGAAACAUGUCUGGACGUGGUAAAGGCGGCAAGACUAAGGGGAAGGCGAAGACCCGCAGCAGCAGGGCAGGGCUGCAGUUCCCCGUGGGAAGAAUCCAUCGUCUUCUCAGGAAAGGCAACUACGCAGAACGCGUUGGCGCCGGUGCGCCGGUGUACCUCGCCGCCGUGAUGGAAUAUCUGGCGGCUGAAGUGCUCGAGUUGGCUGGAAACGCCGCCAGGGACAACAAAAAGACUAGGAUAAUUCCACGUCAUUUGCAAUUAGCUAUUCGUAAUGACGAGGAGUUGAACAAAUUACUAUCCGGAGUGACCAUUGCUCAAGGUGGAGUUCUGCCUAAUAUACAAGCAGUUUUGCUGCCGAAGAAAACUGGUACUGGUGGUUCUGGAAAGGGCGACAAAGCAUCGCAGGAAUACUAGAUUAUAAUACAUUUAUAACUUUAAUCAUAUUGUAGAAACAUGUUUUUGUUUUUUUGAAAUUGAAAGGAAGAAAUAAUAUAAAUCCAUGACAGAACUGAAUAUUCUCAAAGAUAAAUUUGUGCAGCUUAAUAUCUUUUUUUUUAUUUUUAUUGAAAAUGUUUCUGUUUAUGAUCUGUGAAAUUUGUAGUUUUUUUUCCAACAGAUUGCUAUUUUUUUUCAUGUUCUCAUGCUGUGCUAUGUCUGUCCUGGACACUGUUGAAAGUAUAAUUGCUUAAUAAAAUGCAUUUAACAGUUAUCUUAGUUGAAGAGGUUGCAUUGAACAAGCAAUUCGAAAUUACUACCUUGGUUUGAGACUAUGCUGUAAUUGUUAAUGGACAGUUUCCGCUAUAUUUAAGUACAAUUUAAGUGAUAUUGUUACUAUUAUAUGUACUCUUGCCCAUCUUUCUAUUUUUUUUUUUAUUUUGUCCUUUUUCAUCUUUUAUUUAUGAUUAGUUUACUUCUGAUGUUCCAUACUUAGGAAUCAAACUUUUAUUAUACUACCAAUAAACACUUGAAAAUGUAAGACUAAAAAUGCUUAAAUGUUUUGUUGAACGCAAAUAAUAUUUAAAGUGAAAAUAAAUGGCAUUGUCUCCCCACUUGAAA